GGAGGCGCCGGGAGGCGGGGAGCCGGGCCGCCUGCGCUCGGGUCCGCCUCCGACUGCGGCGCGGCGGGGCGAUGUGUGAUUACCAUGGCGAGGAGUCUCUGUCUGGGGGCCUGGCUGAGGAAACCCUAUUACCUCCAGGGGGACCUGGUAGACACGAUGAGUGGCUGAGCGCAAAUCCAUCAUUCCAAUGGAAAAACAACUACAAAUCAAUGCCUUGCUUUGGUCGCCAGUGUUAAUGAACAUUCAGAGGACACUACUUCUUCACAGCUUACAUUAAAAGGCUUAACAGUAUUGGUGCUUCAACCUCAAAAUUACCAAACUUGGAAGCAAAUUAAAACUAUUUCAACUGAGACUAUUACAUAGCUACAUUCUCAGGCACAAAAAGUGGAGGCUCGCUUCUCGUAUGUUCGGAUGAAAUAUCUUUUCUUUUCCUGGUUGGCGGUCUUUGUUGGAAGCUGGAUUAUAUAUGUGCAAUAUUCUACCUAUACAGAACUAUGCAGAGGAAAAGACUGUAAGAAAAUAAUAUGUGACAAGUACAAGACUGGAGUUAUUGAUGGGCCAGCAUGUAAUAGCCUUUGUGUUACAGAAACUCUUUACUUUGGAAAAUGCUUAUCCACCAAGCCCAACAAUCAGAUGUAUUUAGGGAUUUGGGAUAAUCUACCAGGUGUUGUGAAAUGUCAAAUGGAACAAGCACUCCAUUUUGAUUUUGGAACUGAAUUUGAGCCAAGAAAAGAAAUAGUGCUAUUUGAUAAGCCAACCAGGGGAACCACGGUACAGAAGUUCAAAGAAAUGGUCUACAGUCUCUUUAAGGCAAAAUUGGGUGACCAAGGAAAUCUCUCUCAACUGGUUAAUCUCAUCUUGACGGUUGCUGACGGAGACAAAGAUGGCCAGGUAUCCUUAGGAGAAGCGAAGUCAGCGUGGGCACUCCUCCAGUUAAAUGAAUUUCUUCUCAUGGUGAUACUUCAAGAUAAAGAACAUACUCCCAAACUAAUGGGAUUCUGCGGUGACCUUUAUGUGAUAGAAAGUGUUGAAUAUACCUCUCUUUAUGGAGUGAGCCUCCCAUGGGUCAUUGAGCUUUUUAUUCCAUCUGGGUUCAGAAGAAGUAUGGAUCAGCUGUUCACACCAUCAUGGCCUAGAAAGGCUAAAAUAGCUAUAGGACUUCUAGAAUUUGUGGAAGAUGUCUUCCAUGGCCCCUAUGGAAACUUUCUCAUGUGUGAUACGAGUGCCAAAAACCUAGGAUAUAAUGAUAAGUAUGAUUUGAAAAUGGUGGAUAUGAGAAAAAUUGUGCCAGAGACAAACCUGAAAGAACUUAUCAAGGAUCGUCACUGUGAGUCUGACCUGGAUUGUGUCUAUGGUACGGAUUGUAGAACUAGCUGUGAUCAGAAUACAAUGAAAUGUACUUCAGAAGUAAUACAACCAAACUUGGCAAAAGCCUGUCAGCUACUCAAAGACUACCUGUUGCGUGGUGCUCCAAGUGAAAUUCGUGAAGAAUUAGAAAAGCAGCUUUAUUCUUGUAUUGCUCUCAAAGUCACAGCAAACCAAAUGGAAAUGGAACACUCUUUAAUACUAAAUAACCUAAAAACAUUAUUGUGGAAGAAAAUUUCCUACACAAAUGACUCUUAAUUUGGACAGUUACCAUUGUAGGAUACUUACCACUUUUGAAUAUCCAUUUUGAGCAUUUAAAAGAAUGGCUUGAUUCAGAUUUUCUCCUGGGGCGUUAAGCCAUUUUAAACACGAUUGUGGAAGUAACAGCAGGCAAUACACAUCACCAUAUCAAGAUUUCACUCCUUUUUGUUUUUUGAGAUGGGGUCUUGCUCUGUUGCCCAGGUUGGAACAGACUCCUAGAUACCAGUGAUUUUGCCUUGCCUGUGCAUUGGGACUAGAGACACUGCAGUAUGCCAAUUCCACUUUAAGAAUCCUGUUACAUUUGCCAAUUCCAUUCACUCUGUAACUAUUUUGACUAGUGACUUAAAAAAAAAAGCUGUGAAAAGUCUCAUCAACAGUGAGUGUUUUGUAGAUUUGUAUUACCCAAACUACCAUUGCUGGAAACAUUGUUUGCAUUGAAGCUGCUGUUUAAAGUUUAUACAAACUUACUAAUGUCUUAGCAUGGUAACAUUUGCACAUUAAUGAGACUGCAAAGCAGGUUAAUUAAAAUUGCUCCUUUAUAAAAUAGAUGUUGGGUUAAUAGCAUGGUUUAUAAUACUACUUACACUUAACCUCAUUCACUGCUGAGAAACAUUCCGUUUUUUACCUGACAAUAUGCAAUUAGCAAUUUUAGUGGCUGAAAUUAGGUAAGUUUUCACCAGCCUAGAUUGCAUGGGACUGGGCAUGGUGGUACAUGCCUGUAAUUGGCAACACUCAAGAGACAGGAGGAUCACAUUCAAGGCCAACCUAGGCUAGGGUUUUAAUAACAGCCUCAACUGCCUAACAUAAACCUGCCUCAAAAAAAAAGUUGGAUGAGUCCACUUAGCCUAAGGCUACUACCAAGCUCCUAAAAAACCCUUGGGCUUGGUUUUUUUGUCUUUUAUUUUUAUCGGAACCAGGGAUUGAACUCAUGACUGCCUGCUUGCAAGGCAGGUGCUUAUGCCCCUGAGCUAAAUCCCCAACCCCUUGGGCUUGGAAUGUAGCUCAGUGGUAGAUGCUUAAGGUCCUGGGUUUGAGCCCAGCCCUGCGAAACUGACAAUUACAAAAAAAAAAAAAAAAAAAACCCUGACAUCUUAAGACCACAUAACCAAAAAUUCAUUUACCCUGCAUUUGAGCUACGGGGAAAGUGUGAUUAAGAUCAAGAUUAAAACAGACCUUUAAUUUCCCAUUUUCAGUGUUUGCUGUGGACUAAAGAGCUGUUUAAGACAUCUGUAAAUUUAUCCAAUUAUUUUUUCCCACAUAAACCCGAUAUGGAAAACUUAACUUUUGAUCCUUUCCCAUGUAUUUUCAGUCAGAUCUGGCAUGUACCCUUAACAGCUCCAUAAAAUUCAACACCUCCUCUUCAAACUGAAGACAACAGCAUACUUUCUGUUUACAGGUUUAUCUUAGUUAACAUGAAUGUAUUAAAUCUGUGAUCUUCAUUUGCUCUCAAAAAUUUAAAGGCAGUUUUAUUUCCUUUAAGAUUGUAUACUUUGAGAUGUUUUCUUCCCUCUAAUGAUCUGUUGUUAACAAAUGGACAGAAGAAAUACUUAUAGUGAUCACUGUUGGUCUGUUGUUGUGCUUGUCAAACUUAGAAUCUGAGGGAUAAUAAAGAGAACAGAAGCCCAAGAAAUAGGUAUGAACUUUGCUGGCAUCAACAAGAUGUUUUUUUCUGGAAAAAAUUACACCUUUUUCUUGGAGAAAAGAAAACCUGUCAACUCCUUUGCUUCAGUUUAUUUCCUAGACUCUCGUUAUAAGAGCUUAACACAGAGCUUAAUUUAUUGGUCUUUAUCUGAAUAAAUUUAUUGGUCUUUAUCUGAAAA